AAACGCUCGCCUCUAUUAUUCGUAGAAGUACACUCCCACGCAGGACUACUAGACUACCUACCUAGUCAAGAGCCUCACACAUCCCCAAAUGUUGUCAACUCAGCUUCAGCACAGCCAGGCUUCGAGACAGGCUGCAAAGGCUGCAACUCUUGGUCUCGUUCGAACUUUAUCCUCUUCAGAAUCUCUCUUUAGAACUCCCGCUACUAUUCGAACCAGCUACUCUGCUCCCCAGCAACACCGGAUCUUUUCAUCGACACCCAACAACCGUCUUCGUGACUUCUUCCCAGUCAAAGAGACGCCGCACAUCCAAACAACCAAACCAGCAUGGCCACACGAAGGUUACACAUACGAGGAGAUGAUGGCAGUUGAGCCUGCCCACCGAGAACCCAAAACUAUCGGCGAUAAGACUGCUUGGAAGAUUGUCCGCGUUGCCAGGUAUUGUAUGGACAAGGCAACAGGCAUGGACCGGGACCAGAAGUCAGACAAAAGUAAACCAACCACCUCCAUCGUAGCCCAGAAGCCACUCACCGAGGCGCAAUGGUUAAUCCGAUUCAUCUUCUUGGAAAGUGUCGCCGGUGUUCCAGGAAUGGUUGGCGGUAUGCUACGACAUCUCGGUAGCCUCCGACGGAUGAAGCGUGACAACGGCUGGAUCGAGACACUUCUCGAGGAGAGUUACAACGAGCGAAUGCAUCUCUUGACGUUCAUGAAGAUGUGCGAGCCUGGUUGGUUCAUGAAGAUGAUGAUCAUAGGUGCUCAGGGUGUUUUCUUCAACAGCCUGUUCGUCUCGUACCUUAUCUCGCCCAAGAUUGUCCAUCGAUUUGUUGGUUACCUUGAGGAAGAGGCUGUCCAUACCUAUACUCGUUGUAUCAAGGAGAUUGAGGACGGCAACUUGCCAAAGUGGAGUGAUCCUAAGUUUGAGAUCCCCGAUAUUGCUAUUCAGUACUGGAAGAUGCCAAAGGAGCACCGUACAAUGAAGGACUUGAUCCUUUACAUCCGGGCCGAUGAGGCAACACACCGAGGAGUCAACCAUACACUAGGCAACCUCAAUCAGAAUGAGGACCCUAACCCAUUCGUCAGUGAAUUCAAGGAUCGUGAGCCACCAAGGCCUGCUUUGAAGGCAGCCGGCUAUGAUCGAGCUGAAGUCAUCUAAGGACGACUGAUGAAAGCUACAUUUCUCGAUAAGGUCUGUUAUAAGUUGUGUUGGAGUUCCCUUGAGAAGCCAAAUUGUUUGUGCAAUGCAGGAUUGAAAGAUAGAACGGAAAUCAUGUGUAUGAUUGUCAUUUGCAUUUAAUGGCGGAGUUUGUUGGUAUUUUGGCGUUUGGGCAUAUCAACUCUACUCUUUAUGCGCUUUGGAGUAUCGGGGGAGUCACGAUAAAAGUUGACAGUCAACUUGGAGUAUUCAUAAUUUCAGACAUUGUUUUU